AACAGUAUUGUAUACUUCUCCAGCAUGAAUCUAUUGUUUUAUUUUGCUUAAUUGAAACUGUGGCCCUUAAAGGAGAAGGAAAGGCAAAAAACUAUGCUACCUUCACUGUGUUCUCCAUCCUUCCCCCUUCUGAAACGCUGCAGUUAAAAUGCUUAAAUCCGUGCUCAAUCUGUGCACAAGCGCUUGGAAGUUUCUCCCGUUAAAGCAGUUUAGCGCCGCCAUUUUAAAUUUGAGCUUCUCUUCCGCAUGCACUGCCUUCGUGACCCCGCUGACGUCACGUCAGUCAAAAUAAAAUCUGUAUUUGACUUUAUGGCUUAGUACAGACCUCAGUCAGACAGACCCGAUCCUUGGCUGCCUUUUUGUAUCGCCCCCCUUCCUAAGCUGCUGCGCUCGCUCACUGACAGAUUGUAAAUAAUAUCAGAGCAGCGCAGCAGCUUCAAAGCUUCCCCGGGAAGCUGCCUCAGCUAUUGGCUUAGAUUUAUGAGGCGGGGCAGAGAGGUCAGCGAUGACAUGCGGCUGGGUCACGUGACCGUAUCGUCAUCGCAGCAAGGGGAAGAAAAAAUAGUCUUGUGCGCAUGCGCAGGGCACGGAUUGAAGCUAUUGCGCAUGCGUGUGCCCUACUUGAACAGAUUUCUUACAGAAAGAAAGAACAGAACUCUACUCAACAUGAUGCACCAGAAAAACUCUCCUACUUUUGUCUGCUAAAGCAAUUCAUGGAUCUUUUUCAAAUAAAUUAACUGGAUAUAAGGCAAUUUCAGUUAUUUUGACAUUGCUUUAUCUCAUACUAUAUGUAAAAGUAGAUGGAUGACGGAUACAGAAAUAACUCACAUAUUUACCAAGGUGCAAGAGACAUAGCCCGAGAGGUAAAAAGACAAACUAGCAACAGAGCCAUGGAUGAUUACAGGUAUCAAGACAACACAUAUGGUGGUUAUUCACCAAAUGAUGCUUAUUAUAGUGCAGAUCAAGUCAAUCAAGAUGAAGAUGCUCAGAGCGAUGCGACAGAAGGGCAUGAUGAUGACAAUGAAAUAUAUGAAGGAGAAUACCAGGGUAUUCCACACCCUGAUGACUUAAGACAAAAUAAAGCUUCAGCCAUAAGAGAUGAAUUUAAAGACCCAGCUGAUAUCAUUGCCGAAAGAAAAGAGGAUGAGGAACAGUUGGCUUAUCAGUAUGAGAACAUAAUUCAGGAAUGUGGGCAUGGAAGGUUCCAGUGGACACUCUUCUUUGUUUUGGGCCUUGCUCUGAUGGCUGAUGGGGUGGAAGUAUUUGUUGUGGGAUUUGUUCUUCCCAGCGCUGAGAAGGACAUGUGUUUAUCGAAUUCAAAUAAGGGAAUGCUGGGCUUAAUAGUGUACUUGGGCAUGAUGCUUGGUGCUUUUUUCUGGGGAGGUCUGGCAGAUAAAGUGGGAAGGAAGAAGUGUCUCGUGAUCUCACUCACCAUCAAUGCGGCCUUUUCAUUUGUAUCUUCCUUUAUGCAGGAAUAUGGCUUAUUCCUUUUUUGCCGCCUUAUAUCGGGGAUUGGUAUCGGUGGAUCACUCCCCAUUGUGUUUGCCUAUUUCUCUGAAUUCUUAGCUCGGGAGAAGAGAGGAGAGCAUUUAAGCUGGCUUUGCAUGUUCUGGAUGGUCGGGGCGCUCUAUGCAGCAGCAAUGGCUUGGAGUAUAAUUCCCCACUAUGGAUGGGGUUUCAGUAUGGGGACACACUAUCAUUUCCACAGUUGGAGAGUGUUUGUGGUCAUUUGUGUUCUGCCAUGCAUUGCCUCUAUCAUUGCUCUAAAAUUUAUGCCAGAGAGUCCUCGCUUCUUAUUGGAGACAGGCAAACAUGAUGAAGCUUGGAUGAUACUGAAGAACAUUCAUGACACAAACAUGAGAGCUAAGGGAGAACCAGAAAAAGUCUUCACAGUCUCGCACAUUAAGACACCCAAACAACUAGAUGAAUUCAUUGAAAUUCAGAGUUCUACCGGCACCUGGUUUCAGCGUUGGUUUGUCAGGAUUAUGACUGUUGUUAAACAGAUAUGGGAGAACAUGUUAUAUUGCUUUUCUGGACAGUUCAGAAAGAACACUAUAUUUUUGGCUGUCGUCUGGUUUACAAUGUCAUUAAGUUACUAUGGCCUCACUGUUUGGUUUCCCGACACAAUACGAUAUCUUCAAGAAGAAGACUACGCCAACAAAGUAAAAAGGUUUGUGAAUGAAAACGUAAGGAAUUUCAACUUCAACUUCACACUCGAAAAUCAAAUACAUGAAGAUGGAGAAUUCUAUAACGAUAGGUUUUACAAGAUGAAACUCAAGUACGUCACUUUUGAAGACUCGUUAUUUGACGAAUGUUACUUUGAAGACGUGACUUCCACUAGCUCCAUCUUUAAAAAUUGUACCAUCCAAAACACGGUUUUCUAUAACACAGACCUCUACCAUCACAAAUUCAUAGACUGCAAUUUUAUAAACGUCACAUUCUCGCAGCAAAAGGAAGGGUGCCAUAUAGAUUUUGAAGAAGAUAACGACUUUCUCAUUUACCUGGUCAGUUUUCUGGGAAGCUUGUCAGUGUUACCAGGCAAUAUCAUCUCAGCUCUUCUAAUGGACAAAAUCGGAAGGAUAAGGAUGAUUGCCGGGUCCAUGCUGAUUUCUGCAGUCUGCUGUUUCUUCCUGUUUUUCGGUAAUAGUGAAUCUGCAAUGAUUGGUUGGCAGUGCCUUUUCUGUGGCACCAGCAUCGCCGCCUGGAAUGCACUGGAUGUUAUUACUGUUGAACUUUAUCCUACAAACAAAAGGGCAACUGCUUUUGGAAUCUUAAAUGGUUUUUGCAAGCUGGCUGCUAUCUUUGGAAACUCAAUAUUUGCUUCUUUUGUUGGCAUAACAAAGGUUAUUCCAAUUCUUCUUGCUUCCACUGCCCUUGUUGGAGGAGGCCUCAUAUCUCUGCGACUGCCUGAGACAAGAGAACUGGUCCUUAUGUGAGCUAAAGGGGAUUAGGAACACACCCUCGAUACCUCCUAUGGUUGAAUUGGAUCCAGUAUUUCAGGGCAACAACUUUUCAAAGAGCCAAAAGAUCCCACAGUCAGUCAACCAUCAUAUAUACAGCACAAAACAGACCUUGCGAGUGCUCUUCUUGAACCAUGAUAUUUCCUUCACUAAUAGAACAUUUCUCAAUUUACUUUUUUGUGUUAUAGCCAAUGCUAUUAGCAAACUAUUGUAUAAGAAAAUAUAUAGUACAUAGGUUUUUCCAUAUAGAUAAUAAUAAUGGUUAAUUUGUAGCACAAUUUUUUUUUUAAGGGCAUAAGCUGAAAGCCAUCUAUAUUUAGAAAAUAAUAUUAAGUCUCUUCCUUGUGCUUGACCACUUAUAAAGUUCUCAGUGCUUUUAUUUUAUUAACUCAGUUAUUUCAGGACAAUCACUGCUGUUUUAUAGAUCUGUUUUGAGACUAU